GCGCGCUUGCGCGAUGGUGGUGGCGGCGGCGGCAGUGGCGGCGGCGGCGACGUCAGUGCCCGGCGGGGAGCGGGUCCCAGGCCGCCGCCGGAACGGAGGCUAAGGGGGCGUCUGGGAGCUCCCUUGCCGGGCCCUCGGCGGCCGGAUGGCGUAGGAAGGACGGGCUGUGAGUGUUGACAUUGAGUGCUUUAGAUCUGGUCACUAUGGUUCGAGAACGAAAAUGCAUAUUGUGCCACAUCGUGUAUGGCUCAAAAAAGGAGAUGGAUGAACACAUGCGAAGCAUGUUGCAUCACAGGGAACUUGAGAACCUGAAAGGCAGGGACAGUAGUCAUGAGUGCCGUGUGUGCCGGGUCACAGAAGUGGGUCUCUCUGCAUAUGCAAAGCACAUUUCUGGCCAGUUGCACAAAGAUAAUGUUGAUGCCCAGGAAAGAGAAGAUGAUGGAAAGGAAGAGGAAGAGGAAGAUUAUUUUGACAAGGAACUUGUUCAGUUAAUACAAGAAAGAAAAGAACAAAGUCGACAAGAUGAACUUUCCAGUAACAGCCAAGAAGUAAACUCAGAUGACAGGCAAUCCCAGUGGAGACGAGAAGACCGAAUCCCUUACCAAGACAGAGAGAGCUAUAAUCAACCAGUAUGGCAUCAUCGUGGGCCUGCACAAAGGGACUGGAAAUGGGAAAAGGAUGGCUUCACUAAUACUAGAAAAAAUAGCUUUUCACAUUCUCUGAGGAACGGUGGUGGACCAAGAGGAAGUUCUGGCUGGCAUAAAGGUUCUGCAAGAGGCUCUUCAACUUGGUUCCAUAAUCAUAGUAAUUCUGGAGGAGGCUGGCAUUCAAACAGUGGGAAGGUAGAUUGGAAUUAUAACGGUACAGGAAGGAAUUCCAGUUGGCAUUCUGAAGGAACAGGUGGCUUUCCCAGCUGGCACAUGAAUAACAGUAACGGAAACUGGAAAUCCAAUGUCCGUGGUACAAAUAGCUGGAAUUACAAUGGCCCUGGAGACAAAUUUCAACAAGGCAGAAACAGAAAUUCUAACUAUCAAAUGGAAGACAUGAACAAGGUGUGGAACAAGAAAUCUAAUAAACCAAACAAGUAUAGUCAGGAGAGAUGCAAGUGGCAGCGUCGAGACAGGGACAACGCUGGCCAGCACAGGAGUCCUCCUGAGGGAUACACAAGUGAUACAUUUCCUUCAGAAGGCUUACCCGAGUUCAAUUUUAAGCAGCGAGAAAGUCAAACCACUAAACAGAAAGACACGGCAGCCUCAAAAAUUAAUGGAAAAAAUGGCACCACAGCAAGGGACAAGUUCCGUCGCUGGACACCUUACCCUUCCCAGAAGACUCCAGAUUUACAGUCAGCCCUGAAAGAAGUCAUUAGCAACAAGUCAGAAACAUUAGACAAGCCUCUCUUUAAUUUUAGCUUAAUAACUGCAGGACUGCAAGAACCAAUUGAUAAAACGAGUAAUCCUCCAAUGCUAAAAUCACAAAAGGAAGUACAUCCUGGAUCUCCAAGUCACAAGGCCAUUUCUGAUGACAGUGCUUUCUGUGAGGUGGCAAGAACUUGCCCCAUUACUGAGCAGUCUGAACCACAUCAGAAGUCAAAUAAGAUUCCAUUACUGAAAUCCCCACUCCUUCCACUUCCAACCCCUAAAUCAGGUCCUCAUAAACAUAAUUUAAAGAACCGCUCAAAAAAUAAUGAGGCAAAAUCUUUUCCUUCUAGGGAUCACUCACAUCUGAACAAGUCUACUUUAGAAGGUAGCCAUGGUUCUUCCUACACAUCCAAAUCACGUGGUUUGUGUCCUCGUGUUUUAAAGGGGAAUAACACUGUAUCAGGCCCUCAAAAAGAAUCUGAUGAGAAGUUAAAUAGUACAUCACAGAAAGCCCAAGAGGUGCUGCAGUGUCCUAAAACACUGCAAAAUCCACUCCUUGGCAUACCCAAAAGGACAGAGAACCAUGCAAAAGGAAGUAGUGUAGAAGAGUCUACAAAGGACUCUGUGGACAUUGAGUUUCAGGCACACUCAGCUGAAAACAGUGGCGUGACAUCUGAUGCAGAAAACCUUGGCAUAAGAAGAGAGGGUGUGGCUUCACUGACCACAGAGGCUGUGUCCUGCAGCUCUCACACUGUGGAUAAGGAACAAGGGAGCCAGAUCCUAGGAACAUCUGAGAACCUUUCUGCCUCCCCACAUAAUUCCACAGUUCACCAGAAAGAGGCUGAGUUACAAGUGUCAGCAGCAACCAGUCCACACACUGGCUUACUGCUAGACUUGAAGACCUCUCUAGAAGAUGCACAGGAUAACAACCUUGUUAAAUCUGAUGGACCUUUUGAAACUGAAAACUUUGAGGGCACUAGCUUGGAUGCAGAAUUUCAAAAAACUGAUAUCAAUAAUCAGUCCCCAGGUACACUCCUACCCGAACUAAGUAAACUUGGUUUUCCUGCCUCGCUCCAGAGAGAUCUAAGCCGGCACAUUAGUUUGAAGACCAAGACAGGAACACAUCUCCCAGAGCCAAACCUCAAUAGUGCUCGGCGAAUUCGCAAUAUUAGUGGCCAUAGAAAGAAUGAAACAGAGAAGGAGUCUGGGCUUAAGCCAACCCUACGACAGAUUCUAAAUGCAUCAAGGAGAAAUGUCAACUGGGAACAGGUCAUUCAACAAGUAACCAAGAAAAAGCAAGAGCUGGGCAAAGGCUUACCCAGGUUUGGCAUAGAAAUGGUACCUUUGGUUCAAAAUGAGCAGGAAGUCUUGGAUUUAGAUGAAGAGCCUGAUCUGUCCAAUCUGGAAGGAUUCCAGUGGGAAGGUGUUUCCAUUUCCUCAUCCUCUGGCUUGACAAGAAAGCGAAGUCUUUCUGAAAGUAGCGUGAUCAUGGACAGGACUCCUGUGUUUAGCUUCUUUACUGGGGAAGGUACUGGCAAAGAAAAUGAAGCCCAGCAGAGUCCUUCGCCUAGUACUGCAUUGAGUACUGCCCAGAAUCAGAAGGCAGCCAGGGAUCUUGAACAGGAAGUGGCACCUCUGACUCCCUCUGUCAGAACAGGUGAAAGGGUUGGAAGCAUUCCUACCCAGCGGCGACAUAGUGCACAGUUACCAUCUGAUCAUAUGAUGCCUUUCAUGCAUUCAGCCAGAGACCUGCACAGCCAGGAGAGGUCUACCCCACUGUCAGAGCACCACGCCCAGGAGAGCACUGGAGAAGGAAACUCACUGUCAUCAAAUGCAUCUUCAGGUCAUGCAAUCUCUAGCUUAGCAGAUGCAGCCACUGACAGCAGCUGUACCUCUGGUGCUGAGCAAAAUGAUGGUCACAGUAUUAGAAAGAAGAGAAGAGCCACUGGGGAUGGAUCUUCCCCUGAACUACCAAGUCUUGAGAGAAAAAACAAAAGAAGGAAAAUUAAAGGAAAGAAAGAACGUUCUCAGGUUGACCAGCUAUUGAGUAUUUCCUUAAGAGAGGAAGAACUGAGCAAGUCUCUGCAGUGCAUGGACAACAAGCUGCUGCAGGCGCGGGCGGCACUGCAGACAGCUUAUGUAGAAGUUCAGAGGCUGCUCUUGCUCAAGCAGCAGGUAACUGUGGAGAUGAGUGCGCUGAGGACUCACAGAAUACAGAUUCUACAAGGAUUGCAAGAAACAUAUGAACCUUCUGAGCACCCUGACCAGGCUCCCUGCAGCCUCAUAGCACGAGAACAAAGGAACAGCCGAUCUCAGACUGCUGUUGAGGCAGCUUUGCUGCCUGCACCCUUUUUCCCGGGGUUUCUGGAUCCACCUCCUUCUCUACCAUCCUCUGGAACCCCUCUCCAAAUAACCACUUGUACUCUCCAAGCCCAUGGCACUGCCCCUGAUUCAUCGGUACAGAUUAAACAAGAGCCCAUGUCUCCUGAACAAGAGGGGAAUUUGAAUGCUGUCCCACAAGGCUCUGCUUCCAAUGUGUCCAAGGAAUUACUGCAAACUAAUAGAGUGGUCGCUGACAGCUGUCCAGUUUACCCAGCCAUCUCUGCAGUGAUAACAUCAGAGUCAACAGAAAAUUGCCAGGAGGUUGACCAAGAUCUGAAUUUUUCUGUGGAGCAAGGAAAUUCCAGAAGCAGAGAAAACUCUCCCUCUUGCCAGUCUCCUGAUCUUACUGGCAUAAAUAAAGGUGAAGAGUCAGCCAAAGGCAGCAGUGGAUCUGAAGCCUGUAGCAGUUCUUUUCUGAGAUUGUCUUUCACUCCCGAAACUCCUGCAGAAAAGGAAGCUCAGUCUCCAGCCGACCAGCCUGAGCAGCAGGCAGAAUCCACACUGGCAUCAGCUGAAACUAGAGGUAGCAAGAAGAAGAAGAAACUUCGGAAAAAGAAGACACUUAGGGCCACCCAUGUUCCCGAGAACAGUGACACUGAACAGGAUGUGUUCACUGCUAAGCCUGUGAGAAAGGUCAAAACUGGAAAGGCAGCUAAAGCGGGGAAAGUGACAACCUCCACGUGGGGAGACAGCCAAACUGGUCGGGAGCAAGAAACCACCAGAGAUGAGCCAGACAGUGAGUCCUCCCUAGAAGUCCUGGAAGUCCCAAAUCCUCAGGUAGAAGUAGUUGCCAUUGAUACUUCUGAAUCGGGAGGAGAGAAACCAGACAGCCCAUCAAAAAAAGAUACCUGGAUCACUGUAGAACAGAACCCAAUAGAAACUUCUCGUUCUGGUUGUGAUGAGGUUAGCUCUACCAGUGAGCUUGGCACCCGCUACAAGGAUGGGGUUCCUGUAAGUGUGGCAGAAACUCAGACGGUGAUCUCCUCCAUCAAAGCAUCUAAGAACUCUUCAGAAAUAUCUUCAGAGCCAGGAGACGAUGAUGAGCCUACAGAAGGAAGCUUCGAAGGACAUCAGGCUGCAGUGAAUGCAAUUCAAAUAUUUGGAAACUUACUAUAUACUUGCUCAGCAGACACAACUGUCCGAGUUUAUAAUCUGGUGAGUCGGAAGUGUGUUGGUGUCUUUGAGGGACACACUUCCAAAGUGAACUGCCUUCUUGUCACUCACACCUCUGAGAAGAAUUCUGUCCUUUACACGGGUUCCAGCGACCACACCAUCCGCUGCUAUAAUGUUAAGACCCGAGAAUGCGUAGAACAGUUACAGCUGGAAGACCGGGUCCUCUGUCUUCAUAACAGAUGGCGAAUCCUCUAUGCUGGACUAGCAAAUGGCACUGUGGUCACAUUCAGCAUAAAGAACAACAAGCAACAGGAGAUCUUUGAAUGCCAUGGCCCUCGGGCAGUCAGCUGCCUCGCCACAGCUCAGGAAGGUGCCCGAAAACUGCUGGUUGUAGGAUCUUAUGAUUGCACCAUUAGUGUUCGUGAUGCACGGAACGGGCUGCUGCUCAGAACCCUGGAGGGCCACAGCAAGACUGUUCUUUGCAUGAAGGUGGUGAACGACCUUGUGUUCAGUGGCUCCAGUGACCAGUCGGUGCAUGCUCACAACAUUCAUACGGGCGAGCUUGUGCGCAUCUAUAAAGGCCACAACCAUGCAGUGACUGUGGUGAAUAUUCUGGGGAAAGUGAUGGUGACGGCUUGCCUGGACAAGUUUGUUCGUGUCUAUGAAUUACAGUCCCAUGAUCGACUGCAAGUUUAUGGAGGGCACAAAGACAUGAUUAUGUGUAUGACCAUUCAUAAAAGUGUGAUUUACACUGGCUGUUAUGAUGGCAGCAUCCAGGCUGUGAGGCUGAAUCUGAUGCAGAAUUACCGCUGUUGGUGGCAUGGCUGUACUCUGAUAUUCGGCGUUGUGGAUCACUUGAAACAACACUUGCUGACUGACCACACCAAUCCCAACUUCCAGACGCUGAAAUGUCGCUGGAGGAACUGCGAUGCUUUUUUCACAGCCAGAAAAGGAUCCAAGCAGGACGUUGCAGGACAUAUUGAACGCCACGCUGAAGAUGACAGCAAAAUAGACUCAUGAAGUUUUUUGCCUCCCAUGUUGGGAAGUCAUUAGUGAACGAUUCUCCCAUGGGCCGUUCACUGCCCUUUUCUAGGCCCCCAUCUGUCCUCCAGCAAAGCUGGGAGGGAGAGAGUGGUUCAUAGACAGACCCACCACUAGCCAAGUGUGAGCAGUCAGGGUAGGUUCCACACAACACAGGUCCACUCUAGACUGUAAGUGACGUUUAAGCAGUUUCUAGAACAAUGACAACACGGUGUUUUAUGCUGCUAGACUAUAGGUGUUUAUUAAAGAUGCAGAUUUUAAUUAGUUACCCAGUUUGACCCUAAUCAGUAUUGAUUCGGUUUGUGAUUUCUGCUUUAUGUUCUUAUAAUGGUUUAUGAUAGAUUUUUCGGGAUCAGUUUUAAUUCCUCCUUUUGAAAUAACUGGGUAUUUAAAUUUAAAGCAAAUUGUUUUCUUUUAAAAAUAAUUAUGUGCGGUGUCUCACUAUUGAUGUAACUGGACAAAGCUGGCUGUGAGUGCGAUGAGAAACACAAUGGUGUCCUGAAGCACCUGGCUGCCUGCUUGCUGUAUUUUAGAAUUCAGACAUGUUCCCUGAUCAGAAGUUCUUGAAGACAGCAUUUCCCAAUAAUCACUCCAGAGUGCUCAGUGUGGUGCCCCUGUACUUCUGCACUCACUGGCUGCUUGAACUGAAGGCACAUACCCUUGUUCUCCUUCUAGCUCUGGCUCUUGGAGCCUCAUGAAGGGUGGAUACCUUUUGGGUUGCUCUGUUGCUAGCCCCAAUCUUUCCUACUGUCUUGCUGUGCCUAGAGCAAUGGCACGCCAGGCUCCCAGGCUGCUGUCAGCCCACCCAUGGCACCCUAGAUAGGGGAGCUGGGAGAAGCAUCUGGAAUCAGUUGAUUGGGUGGCAGAACUAGUGAAGCCAGUGCCUGUGUUUAUUUUCAUGCCAGCUGUGAAGUGCAGUAUGAUGAAGGGAGAAACUACCAUUGGGAGUACCCAUCUUAGUGGGUCUUAGCGGGAUUGCUUUGUUCUUGGAUUUCUAAAGACUUGUGUGUAAAACUGAGCAAGUUUUACUCUCUAAUGUUUUGUUUCUGGAUUUCAAAACCUCAGAUUCUUCAGAGGGAGGGGACCUUCAUGCCACAUACCCUAGCUUCUCUGGUACUGGGAUUGUGGGUGGGUUUUUUUGUUUUGUUUUGUUUUUUGGGGUUUUUUUUGUUUUUGUUUUUGUGUUUUUUUUUUUGUCUCUGCCCUGAUCAAAUUUCCCCAUAGGCUCUAGGCUCUAGGGCAGAGUGACUCUACCAGGAAUUGAUAGAUAGGGUGCAGACACUUCCCCCCCGGAACAUCCAGGAAAGGUUCCAGUAAUUCUUACUGGACCCAGAAAAUGUUAAAAACUAAUCUAGGAGUUGAUACUAGCUCAUGAAUGGCCACAAGCUGUUCACGUGUUACCUAUUGUGUGGGUAAAUUUUUGUUGACCACAUGGCUUAGAUGUGAAGAGAGCCAUUGUGUGAUACAAAGGAGAUACUGCUGACAGCAUAGUUAAGAGAUUAAGAACCCUUUCCCACCCCUCACCUGCACUUCCUGUAGGGUGUGCAGAGGAGCCACACUUUUGUCGGUCUGGGAAGUGAUUUCUUAGGAAAGUUCACUUGAGUUUAUUGCUAACCCUGCAUCAUUCCCUGGGGCAGUGUGCUAAGGAAGUUCAUGUUCCCGGUUCACCCUGGGGAAUAUGCAGAGGGACAAGGUGAUGGAACUUAUGCCGCAAGGAAGAAGAACGUAAGAUGUUGACAGUGGAGAGGAACAUUGAGGGCAUGCAGACCGGUAGGAUCAGUACAGACUGAUAUGAGCUUCCCCUUGGUAGCCUUGUGUGCACGUAACUGCCUGCCUGCUCAGUUGUGUAUGCGUGGGCACCUGUACUCGGGUUUCUUGGAAGCAGUGUGAUGAGUUCAGGCACAGGUGGAAUUGUUUUUGACAUUGGGUCACUGUUCCCCAGAUCUAGUGUGUUCUGAAAAUGAAGAGCCCUGAGUGUCUUGGCUCCUCAACAGAAGCUGCCUGUAGGAGGCAGAACUGUGUUUACCUCAUGAUGUUGGUUGUUCAUGAUCAGCCUCCAGGUCAUCUCAGAAGGGGCAGCUCUGUCUGUGCUGACUUUCAUGUGAUAUUUUGUUGAAGGAAGGAAAGUAAUUAAUAACCUGACAAAACCUAAGACAUUUCUUACAGGUUUAAUGUUUUUUGGUUUUUGGUUUUUUUUUUUUUAAAUUCUUUAUGCUGAUUUCAAUGGCUCAAAGCAAAGAAAAUCUUUUAAAAUCUUUUUUGUGUGUAUUUUCAGUUCUAAUAAAAUACCAGGCACUUUCAAUUAUUUUGAAAGUUUUUACAUUGGUUCAAAACACAUUUUUGGCACACUCUGCUAGUCUGUAAACAGUGCAAAUUAAGAGGGAGCAAAAAAAUGUGUCCUGAUGUGAGCUUGAGGCAUCAUCAUUAGCAUUACACUCCUUGCUGUCGUGAAGAAAAUGGUUUUCCUGGGAAAACCAUUAGCAGUUGAAGGUUUGAUUUCAUGAACACAUAGAGUCAAAGGCAACACUUUUAUGGUUGAAGUGAUUGUUGCUAGCAAAGGUUUUGUUGUUGGUUUUUUGUUGUUGUUGAUUUUUGUUUUCCUGGUAGAUUAUCAUGGCACAACUUGAGGACAUGGGCGUGUGGCUGAGUUGCUGGGUGUAGGUGCACACUUAGAGAGUGACACAGUAUUCUAUGAAGAUAAUUCGCUGAGGAGGAAAUCGAAAUAUAUUGUAAAGUGGGGUUUGAACAGUAAGUAGGUUUGCUUAAAUUCAAAUAUGCUUACUUAGCAAAUUUGUUCCUGUUGCUUCAAGGAGAGUUCUAGAAUGACUAUAAAGACUGCUUGCCAUACUUCUGGUGGUGGUUUCAUCCAUGUCCUAUCAUUGAGAACCUUGGAUUUGAGGGAGUUGGCCUAUAGGGAAAGAGGAAGCUGUGGUAGGUCUCCCUUGGUUCCAUAUGCAAAUGAGUAUGAAACCUUGUGUAGACUAAACCUACCACUUACCUUGUCUUCACCUCCAACCCCAAAGACAUGGCCCAGACUGGCCCAGACCAGCCCAGGAGUAGCUUAGUGGGGGCAGAGAGUGGAGAAAGAAAGGCUGUGGGGGGAAGUAGAUGCCCAGAGCUACCCUGAACCUUGGUUUUUCAGUAUGGAUUAGAAGAAAUGUCAAGUGACAUUUGACUGCAAACAUAUUUCUAAACAGCCUUCUUACAUUUUGGUAUAAAAGCUGUGAACUUCAUAAAUUUGUAAGUGAGAUAUAAAGCAAAUACAAGAAGAAAAUAAAGUACUUUUACUAAG